AUGUCUUACAAUUUAAACCGUUCUCAUCCCCAUCAAUAUUUUGAGCUGUGGAAAAAAUGUAGAAAUCAACUUGAGAAUAAAAAACAGAGUGACACGAUAACACCGAAUACCCCGAUCAUUCCUCUUGAUCUGUCAGUAUCAUCUAUAGAAGCGUCUACUUCAAACGAGGACGAUUCCAAACUGGAAUCAAGCCAGGCACUGGAAAGGAAUAGUGUUCCCGAAAUCGUCGAGUCUGAAAUUACAAAUGUGGAAACUGAAGAAAUGCAUGCAACUAAUAGUUCAAUUAUAAUAGAUUCGGCAAUCCGACUGCCAUCGGAUAAUUCCAUAUUAUUGGGUGAGACUAGUAUUUUACCCAAUUUACCACCCUUUGAUACAACUGAAGAUGUCAUAGAUUUUAUUAUUCAGAAUGAAAUAGACAUACCUGAUGUGAUACCAUUGCCAUGGUAUGAUACUUUAGAAAUAAUAGUAGAAAAAGACCCCAUUAUUGACGCUCCUAAUAAAUGCUCUUCUCCUCAGAAUAACGCAUCAUCCAUACCAGCCAUUCCCAGUUGCAGCAAUAACACUAAUCAAGCAAAAAAUUCGCUUGAGUCCACAGUUGAUAGUCAGACUGCAAUAAAGUCUGUAAUAGAUCCCACUAAUAGUAUUAAUUCAUCGAAUGAUACAAAUCCAUCCAAUCCACUAGAAGGAUUUUUGAAAAUACCGGAUUUACCACAAAAGAAAUUUAAAGUUACAAAAAAAAUGCCUGCACCUUAUGGAUUAACAGGGCUCAAAUACAAAGAAUAUUUAAAAAAUCAGGACGAUGAGAAAAAAAUUAAGGAGGAAGAAUUAGCGAAUAAAAGAAAGGAACGAGAAGAAAAAAGACUGAACAAACAAAAAUCUCAAAGCAAAAAACGUGUUCAACUGAAACGCCCAAAAAAUCCCCUUAAAAAGCAAGCUAAGAAAAUGAAAGUAGAACAUGAUGAUCACACACAACCUGCCGAAGAUUUUAUAACAACAGAUAAUUUAGAAGCAAGUGAAGAGACUGAAAUAGAAACUAGGAGAACUACUACGACUUGUACUGAAUUUAAGGACAAUUUAUUUGAUAGAUAUGUACUGGUUCAAUUUGAGAGUGGAAAGAGAAUGCGUCAUUUUGUAGGAAAAGUGAUAAUGGUAAAUGACAAUGAAAGAAAAUAUAAAGUAGAUUUUCUUAGAAAAAAAUCCGUUGUGGAAAAUGUUGUCAAUUUUGCAAAACCAAUAGUGCCAGAUAUUGCAGAAGUUGAUUUCGAUGAUAUUAAACGUGUAUUCGGUACACCGAAUAUUUCUAGGCGCGGAUUAAUUUGUUUUGACGACUUAGUAUUUAAAGAUAUUGAAUAA